AUGAUUGCUAAAAAAAGUAAAACUCAUGCAUUUGCUGGUGGGCUAUGCCCUACAGUUGGAUCAGGUGGGCACAUAAGUGGUGGAGGUGUAGGGACUUUGUUAAGAAAGUAUGAUCUUGCUGCUGAUAACGUUGUAGAUGCAAGGGUUAUGGAUGCCAAUGGACAAAUUCUUAACAAGAGAAAAAUGGGUGAAGAUUUGUUUUGGGCUAUAAUGGGAAGUGGAGGAGCAAGUUUUGGGGUAAUACUUGCAUGGAAACUCAAACUAUCUUGUGUUCCUGAGCAGGUUACAGCUUUCACAGUUCGUAGAAAGCUUGAUCGUGGCAAUAUAAAAUUGAUCCAGAGAUGGCAAAAUAUUGCCCAUCAAUUUCCUGAAGAUCUUUUCGUGAGAAUGAUCCUUCAAAAUCCAGCACCAGUUGUAAAAGGAGGAAAAAAGAUUGUUCAGAUUUCCUUUCAAGGUUUGUAUCUUGGGACGGCUGAUAAGCUUGUUACUUUAUCAAGCCGAUACUUGCCGUAA